CAGUCAGGUCACGUGAAUACCCGGAGCGUGGGGAGGGGCGGGGGGACAAACAUGGCCGACGAGGCAGGGGAAGUAAACACAGCUGUUGAGGAUGGCGACGCACAGGAGCCGCUUAACGGCGCCGAGGUUCCGGACGCUGCGGCCGACGGUGAGUCCGGUGACAGCGACUGGCCCGACCCGACAGAGAAGUCCGCUCCGGCGGCGGCGGAGAACAGCUGGUCGGCUCCCCUCUUGUCUCUGGCUCGGAAGGCCACAGAGACGAUUAGCAGCGGGGUGAGCUACGCUGCUGCCCCGAGACACCCCUCACAGGGAGCCGCUGCCAGCUCCCCGACGGAGAGGCAACCCGAAAAUGAUCUGAACAGCACUUCAACGAAGCUUCCAGUUGUGCCCACCAAAGACCCCAUGUCAAUAGAGAGAUCCAACCUCCUCAGCAUGAUGAAGCUGAGCGUCAGAGUGUUGAUUCAGUCCUCCCUGAGUUUGGGCAGGACCCUGGACUCAGAGUAUCCUCCCCUGCAGCAGUUCUUUGUCGUCCUGGAGCACUGCCUCAAGCAUGGACUGAAAGCCAAGAAAACCUUCAUCGGUCAAAACAAGUCCAUAUGGGGACCGCUGGAACUGGUUGAGAAGUUGUGUCCUGAGUCUGUCAACAUUGCCACAAGUGCCAGAGAUCUGCCGGGCAUUAAGACCGGUUUGGGGAGAGGGAGGGCGUGGCUGCAUUUAGCUCUGAUGCAGAAGAAAGUAGCUGACUAUAUGAAAGCUUUGCUGGACCGCAAAGAUCUCCUGAGUGAGUUUUAUGACUCUGGAGCAUUGAUGGUGGAGGAGGAGGGGUCGGUGAUGGGCGGGCUGCUGGUGGGCCUCAAUGUUAUUGACGCUAAUCUCUGUAUUAAGGGAGAGGAUCUUGAUUCUCAGGUUGGAGUCAUUGACUUCUCCCUUUAUCUGAAAGACCCCGCCAACAGCGAGACUACAAAAGAUGAUUCCAAGAUGACAGCUAUAUUAGAUCAGAAACACUAUAUUGAAGAGUUAAAUCGUCACCUGAGUGGCACCGUCACUGACCUUCAGGCUAAGAUGGACUCUCUAGAGAAGACCAACAGCAAACUUGUAGAGGAGCUGACAGCAGCCACAGACAGAAUCAACUCUCUGCGGGAGGAACAGGAACAGCUAAGAGAGGAGAAUCAGUCGAUCUUGCAGUCAAGCCAGAAAAAGGAAGAGGCAGCCCUUCAGGACAGCCAGGUGGAGCUGGAGACGUACAAACAGACUCGACAGGGUCUGGAUGAGAUGUACAACGUGGUUUGGAAGCAGUACAAAGAAGAAAAGCGCAUUCGGCAGGAGCUGGAACGUGAGUUAGAGCUACAGGUGGGCCUAAAGCAGGAGAUGGAGGUGGCCAUGAAGCUGCUGGAGAAGGACACGCACGAGAAACAAGACACACUGGCAGCCCUGCGGCUCCAGCUUGACCAAGUCAAGACUCUUAACUUGCAAAUGUUCCACAAAGCUCAGGACUCCGAACGAGAAGCAGAAAAAAAGCAGGCGGAGGCUAUGCAGCUGGAGAAGAAGAUGGAUGAAAUGGAGAAAGUCAUGAUGGAACUAGAGCAGAGACUACAGAACUCUGAGCGAGAGCGCAAACAAAGUGACCAGUCGGACAAAGAUAUGAAGGUGGAGCUGGAGGGAAAAGUGGAUGCUUUACAGAAACAACUGACUGAUCUGGAUACACUAAGGCUUGGUUUGGAGAACGAGCUGCGCACUGAGAGGGAACAGAGGCAAAGCUUGCAGAAAUCGCUCCAGCGGGAGCAGGACAACAGCGUUGAGCUCCGCACACAGCUGCAACAACUCCAGGGUCUGCACACGGAGCUGCAAGAUUUGAAACACGAGAAGCAGCAGCUACAGCAGAGAUGUGAGCAGCAGGAACAGGCUCUUCAAGAGAUGGGACUUCAUCUCAGCCAGUCUAAACUUAAGAUGGAGGACUUCAAGGAGGUCAACAAAGCUCUGAAGGGCCACGCCUGGCUCAAAGACGACGAGGCCACUCAGUGCAAGCAAUGCCUGAAGGAGUUCUCCAUCGCACGCAGAAAGCACCACUGUAGAAACUGCGGCGAUAUCUACUGCAACAGUUGUUCCAGUAACGAGCUGGCCUUGCCCUCCUACCCUCGGCCUGUGCGGGUGUGCGACAUGUGCCACUCCCUCCUGCUGCAGAGAAGCUCGUCCACGGCUUCCUGACAACACACACAAGCUUCAACCGCGUCUAGAAGAGCUUUCGAACACUGCACGUGACUCAUCCACUAUGAUUUGUUUUUUUUAAACUAAUUGUCAUCAAAUCUUAUGGAAAUGUGAUUUGGUGUUCCAUUUCCACUGUUACCUGAAAUUCAGGAACAUUAGUUCAUCUGUAUUAAGGGGCCACCUUUUGAACACUGAUGGGAUGAUGCAGACUGUUAGGGAGAUCUGACUUUGAGGUUAAAAUAGUUUAGGAUGUUUUGAUCAAGUGUUUCUUUGAUUGGAAUAACAACAGUUUGACAAUUAGCUACUUGCUAAACUGACUAUUUGAUGGCAUUUCUGAAGUCAAAUCUUGGAUUUAGAUCAUGUUCCCCAUUCAAGGGUACUGUUGCUUUUGAGCUUUUGUUGAAGAUCAUUUGUGUAGUUGGUUGCUCAGAACACAUGUACUUCACUUUGAUAUUGUUCAGCUUGUUUAUGCAUCUACUCUAACAAUAUUUGCAGCUAUGGCCCCACUGCUGGAUACAUGCAAACCUUAUUGUGUAAAUGACUGUAGAAUGUUAACAAAUCUUACCUAUUUUAGAAUGUAUUAUAAUAAUAACAGGGUUUUUGUGGAUUGUGUCAACUGCUAAAAAGCCAUUUUCUUAAUUUGGGAAUGGUGACUGAAAGUUUUUUUUAAUCUAGAUAUUUGAUAAAUGAAUAAAGCCUCCUCUUUUGCAAUGCCUGUUUCAAUUAGAUAUUCCAGACUAGUUUAUUCACUUUGUGCACAGGAAAUACAAAUAGCAUUUGAAGCAGUAGAAACCUUCAUGUCAGCAGAUAUGAAAUUAAUUUGCUGUUGAUAUAGCACUCAUCCAGAGAAACCACCCUAUCAUCAACAGUCACACCUUUAAAAAAAACAAAACAUGCUCUGACCGCGUGAAGUCUCAAAUUCAGAUUAACAUUUUAACUGGAAAUAAAAUUU